AUGACCGCAGAGCACGAGUCAGGGGCAGAGUCGAUGGCUGACCACGAUGAUCCACUGGCGGAUUCUGAAGAGCGUAGAGUCUUGCACGCCGCCUUCGACUCCUUUAGGCAGUAUCGUCGCGCCGCUCAUUACAACAUCACUCAUCUGAGACGACAGUCCUUCUAUGCCUUGCCUGCUGCGCAGAAAGAGCUUCUAUCAGCAGCACCAUUCUCACUCCCCAAGACCUUCGAUGCAGUCGACAAUGCAAUCGACAGCAAUGCAGAUAUUGCUGAAGCAAUCCUCGACGCCAUCAUGCCUGGAUUCGGGCUAAGUGCUUCCGAUGAGACUUGGAAAGGCAAGGCUACACAGAAUGACAUGGACAAGGCUCGCUCGACCAUUCGCCAGAUGUAUCGAGACUGGUCUGCCGAAGGGCUUCCUGAGAGACAUGCAUCCUUCGCACCCAUAAUGGCUGCGCUUAAUACUUAUCUACCCGCGGAAAGCCCUGCUCAGCGACAUCAGAUCCGAGUGCUAGUCCCUGGUGCUGGCCUGGGUCGACUGGUGUUCGAUAUGUGUCUUGCCGGCUACACAGUCGAAGGGAACGAGAUCUCAUACCACCAACUUCUUGCUUCGCAAUACCUACUCAACUAUACCCAGCGAGCUGGUCAACACACCCUCUUUCCAUGGGCAUUGAGCUUCAGCAACCACAACACUCGCGCCAACCAGCUUCGAAGCGUAGCUAUUCCAGACGCUCACCCAGGCGCCGCGCUAGAAGCAGCAGAGCAGGAGAUUGGAUCUGAAGUGCACUACAGCGAGCGAAUGUCGAUGAGUACAGGCGAUUUCUGCGUCGUCUAUCGCCAGCCUGACUAUGAAGACACCUUCGAUGCCGUAGCAACUUGCUUCUUCAUCGACACGGCGCCGAACGUCAUCCACUACAUCGAGACAAUAAAGACUUGUCUCCGCCCAGGAGGGGUGUGGAUCAAUCUAGGCCCACUGCUUUGGCACUUCGAGUCUACACUGACUCCAGCUGAGCGCGAAAAGGCACAGGGUAAGACGAAGGGUACGCCAAGCGAUUUCGAAGGGAUAGGUGAGCCUGGAUCUUUUGAGCUGUCAAAUGACGAAGUCACAAGUCUGGUCUCGCAAUACGGUUUUGAAAUUGUCGAGCAGCGAGAUGCGCCUGCUACUGGAUACAUUCAAGACCCGAGCAGUAUGCUGCAGAAUGUCUAUCAGCCGACCUUUUGGGUAGCAAAGAAGAAGUGA